UGUAUGUUCGGAACAAACCGAGCGGUGCAAUCCAAAAUUUCUACCAUGAAUGAAUCAGCUGAUGGCGCUGUAGACCUUCACAGGGACACCAUGAAGACGAGUUCUGAUGAUAGGUUUGCAGUUCUGAGGAGCAUCGGAGAGGAGUUCAUCUACGAGGAUGAGCUCCGCCUCCUGCUGAAAAGGAAGUCUGCUCCCAUUUGCUAUGUUUGGUUUGAGCCAUCCCCCAUGAUGGACGUAGAGCAGGGGAUUAUGAAGACAAUCUAUGUCAAUAAGAUGGUCAAAGCUGGUUUCACUGUAAAAAUAUUGAUGGCAGACUGGUUUCUGCAGCGACACUAUAAGAUUGGAACCGACCUGAAGAAAAUACGGACCAUUGGCUACUACAAUAUUGAGAUGUGGAAAGCAGCUGGUAUGGACCUUGGCAGAGUACAGCUUGUAUGGUUAUCAGAUGAAUUGAAUCACCAUUCGGUUGAUUACUGGCCACUUGCAGUGGAAGUUUCAAGAAAAUACACCAUGAAUAUAAUGGCAGGGUUUUGUUGGAACAAGGCACCAUAUGGGCCACAAAGACUGCCUGCUGCUGAGAUAGUUUACCCUUGCAUGCAGGUCGCUGCUAAUAUUAUGCCAGAAGGUUGGUUUAUAUCAGUAUGGAAGUGUACUGUAUCUUUUUAA